AUGAAAGCUGCAAUUCUGGCCACCGCGGCCGCCCUUGCCGGUACGGCUAUGGCGGAUAUCGCUCACAUGCGUCGCCAUGACGCAUUGCACCAUCGCCGCCAGCCUGAGCCUCAGCCUGAGCAGUGCGGGUGCACCACCGAGGUUGUCACUUUAUACGGACCCCCAACUUUGGUGCCCAUCGCCCAGCCAACUUCCACUCCCAACCCGCCUCCCGUUGCUCCCCCGGCUAGCGAGAGCCAGACUUCCACUUCCAGUGUCAUCACCACUCUGCACUCGACCAGCUACACCACCAAGACGGUCGUCGUCACUCCUGCCGUCGGGCCCACCAGCACCCCUGCUAAGUCUGAGCAGCCCACCACCUCAUCUACUCCGCAGGUCACCCUGCCCACCCCCGGUGUGACCAGUUUCUCCUCGACUGGCGUCUUUACCAUCCCCGCCACAACCAUUACCGUCUAUGACACCACUACAGUGUGCGGAGCCACCACCACCGAACUCCCCAGCGGCUCUCAGACCUUCGGUGGUGUGACUACCAUCGUCAAGACCGCCACCACAGUUACCUGCCCGUAUGCCACUGUCGAGCCCAGCGGUUCGACCGUGACCAGCGUCCUUAGAACCACCACCUACGUCUGCCCCAGCGCCGGCACCUACACCAUCGCUCCCACCACCACUUAUGUGCCCUCCAGCACCGUUGUGGUCUAUCCCACCCCCGCCACUUUUACCCCGGGCACCUACACUCAGGAUGAGCAGACCGUGACCGUGACCCGCACGGACAUUUCAUACGUCUGCCCCUUCACCGGCUCCAACGAACCCACUUCGACUCCGGUGCCGCCCUCUUCCACCGAGGUCCCCGUCACCCCUACUGCCGCCCCCUCCACUAGCUCCAGCUCCAAGCCCAAGACUCCUGUCCCCACCGGUGCCAGUGGCAAACAGAUGGGUAUGACCUACUCUCCUUACACCAACGGUGGUCAGUGCAAGUCCAAGUCGGAGGUUUCCUCGGAUGUUGCCGUCAUUAAGCAGAAGGGCUUCACCCACGUUCGUGUCUACUCCACCGACUGCAACAGUCUCGAGUUCAUCGGUGAGGCAGCUCGCAAGAACGGUCUGCUCAUGAUCAUUGGCGUGUUCAUCUCCAACACCGGUAUCUCGGGCGCCCAGGAGCAGGUCACCGCCAUUACCAAGUGGGCCCAGUGGGAAUUGGUCUCUCUGAUCGUGGUUGGUAACGAGGCCAUCCAGAACGGCUACUGCUCCGCUUCCGAGUUGGCUGGAUUCAUCAGCGCCGCCAAGGGCAAGUUCCAAAGUGCCGGUUACUCUGGUGCUGUCACCACCACCGAGCCCAUUAACGUCUGGGAGCAGAAUGGCUCUGCUCUGUGCGGUGCCGUCGACAAGAUCGGUGCCAACAUUCACCCCUUCUUCAACGCCGAGGUCAGCCCCAAAGAUGCUGGUAAGUUCGCUAAGUCCCAGGUAAAGAUCCUCGAGGGCAUUUGCAACGGCAAGGAGGUUGUCAACCUAGAGACCGGCUGGCCCAACGGAGGUGUGGCCAAUGGUCUCGCCGUCCCCGGCGCUUCGGAGCAGUCGGCUGCCAUCCGGUCCCUGGUUGAGGAAGUCGGCUCCUUCUCGGUCUUCUUCUCCUACUCCAACGAUCUGUGGAAGGAUGCCGGCGAGUUCGAUGUCGAGCGCUACUGGGGCUGCAUCGACCAGUUCUAA